AUGACCUCAAAACGACGGGCAGCUGCUGCAGCUUCCCCAGAUAUGAAGUUUCGUAGAACGAAACGCCAAAAGUUUUCCAACAAUGAUUUCAUGAAUUCCAAAGAGUCCAAUCGUGCAUCGUCGCAUCUGGACUCAGAGCCACCAGAGAAAGCAGAUCAAUCCCCGGAGUCACAGGCCGAGUCCGAGGCCGAUUUUGAAGGUGAUAGUAUUCAGACUGCACAGGACAAGAUUAUGUCCGAGUUGACCCGGCUCAAGGACUCUGAGGGCCAGGAGGUUGCUUACCCGUUCAUUGGGAAACCAGACCGGAAUCUGUACCGGGAUUAUUAUGAGAUCAUUCAACAUCCCGUGUCCUUACGGAGCAUCCAAAAGAGAGUUCGCGGUACCGACAGUAGGAAGAAUUCAUCCAAAACCACCGCAUAUCCUACAUGGCAGUCCUUUGAAGAGGAGGUCAGCUAUGUAUGGCGGAAUGCCAGAGAAUAUAACGAAGACGACAGUGACAUCUCUAUUCUUGCGGGAGUUUUAGAGGAUCACUUCCACCGCCGGGUUGCGGAAGCUAAAAAGCUUGUUCCAAAUCCCCUUGAGGUAGAUGGAACCCUUGAUAUGCCUCGCAUCAAAUUAAAAGUGGGCACUGCUGUACCCUCGGUGGCGCAGAGGUUAACCUUGAGAAUGCCUGGGCAGAGCUCCGAUACACUACCUAAACACAAUGGACACCCGUCAAAUGUCACGUCGAAGAACGGAUCCCAAGGCCAUGCACAAGAUAUCCCCGGGGCUGGAUUAGCAAGACAAGAAAUCAGUAGAUCUCCUCGAGGAUGUUCUCUUGGGGGGCAACUUGCCAGUCCCAGGUCAAGCACCACAGCCACACCAUCUGGCUCAGAGCAACAUCAAAACAGUUCCAUUGGUGCGCAAGGCUUACUGGGCUCCAUGACAAACGCAACCACCCUGGCUAUGUCGGCUUCACAGAAUCCCCCUAAUACGUCUUCGGGUGUCUCUUCGGGUGUCCCUUUGCAUUCAUCCUCAAGUUCAGGUAUGUUGCGCUUAGGAGGCAAGAUGGCCCGUGCUCCCUACCAGCCGCAUUUCGGCUCCUUGCCCAUAGAUUCGCUUCUGAGGCGAUCGGGCCAAGAUCCGGGGAUAGCUUUGAUUCGUAAUGUUCGGAUUCUUACACAUGCCUCUUUGUCGUUGCAACCGGACUUCUGCCUAGAUAUCCCACCUUCGUCGCUUGUUUCGCAACAGAAUAUCAUAGUUCAUCUUCCUCCGUCACAUAAUGUACUGACGGUCAGGCCUCGUUUAGCGGCUAGUACUUCCCAGCGACAGGUAAAAAUUGUGACACUCAUGGGUAUGGAGCGUCUUCAUUCAUCUGGCGAUGCAACUACACUUUCAUAUGAUAUCCAUCUGCACCCUGGCAUGACGAGGGUUGACGUGGAAGCUAUUGCUGCCCCGGCCAGAGGAGUCCCGAAAUCUGGCCCCCCUGGGUCGGAUAUUGAUUACGAACGUGUCACUCUAUUCUUUAAUCUGCUAUGUCAAUAG